AUGGCUCCCUUGCAUAACGAAAUCGUUCGGGAAGAGCUGGACAAAAUGCUGGAAGCAGGAAUCAUCACGCCUUCCAGCGCCGCAUGGUCCUUUCCGGUCGUCAUCGUAUCCAAAAAAGAUGGGAAUCCACGCUUCUGUGUUGAUUACCGUUCUCUGAACCAGAAGAUGAAAGUGUAG